CAGCAAACUCCAGCCAUGUCUAAGAGCGGUAUUAUUAAGGAAAUAGAGAAAUAUUUCGAUGAUAUUAAAGGAAAGGAAUCUGAAGAGCUACUGUUCUCCUACAAGGGGGUGCUGUACCCUAUUGGAUUGUGCAGUGCUGAGACCUUCCAAGCGCUGGACUCCAUAGAAUUUAGACAAGACGAUGUGUUCCUAGCGGCUUAUCCUAAAUGCGGAACUAAUUGGACUCAACACAUUUUAAAUGACUUGAUAAACGCACUACCAAAUAAUAAGGAAGUAUCACUAUUAGAACGUAUCCAUGUGCUUGAAUUUGAAGCUUCAGAAAAAUUUCAGAAAAUAAAAAAUGCACCUUCUCCGCGUCUCUUUUCCACGCAUCUCCAUUAUGAUGAUAUUCCCAAGGCUGUCUUUGAGAAUAAGGUGAAGGUACUGGUGGUAUUUCGAAAUCCAAAAGAUGUAGCUGUAUCCUAUUACCACUUCUACAACAAAAAUCCUGGGCUUCCAAAUGUCAGCUCCUGGGAUGAGUUCUUUCAGAAGUUCAUGAGUGGAGAAGUCACCUGGAGUUCAUAUUUUGACCAUGCUCUUUCCUGGAACAACCACAUGGAUGAAGAGAAUAUCAUGAUCAUCACAUAUGAAGAAAUGAAAGAGAACUUACCUGAAGGAGUGAAACAAAUAGCUGAAUUUUUGGGGUUCUCUCUGCCUGAGGAGAAGAUUCAGUCUAUUGCAGAGAAUGCCACAUUUGAAUCAAUGAGCAACAAAUCCCAAGAAACACAUGGCUUAUUAGCUCCCAUGCUUUUCAGAAAAGGUGAUGUUGGUGAUUGGAAGAAUCUCUUCACUGAAGCUCAGAGCCGGGAAAUGGAUGCCAAAUUUAAAGAGUGUUUAGCUGGAACUAAACUGGGAGCAAAGCUAAAAUAUGAUAAAUACUGCAAAUACUAAAUCUUAACUUCAUUCUGAUGCUACAGCAUCACCUAUUUCACUACCUUUCACAUUUGAGAAUGCAUAGAUUAAAACAAUUUAGAGCUGCACACAUGGAUUUUCAAAAUAAAGAAAUCAUGAGAACCUACUAAAUAAUGGGCCAAAUUCUGCUAUUGGGCCUAUACAGAUGUAACAGAAGAAUUUGGCUGAACACGUAGAACACAUGAAUAGUAUACCAAAGUUUCUGUGCCUAUUUGAGAUUAUAUUUUUUCUUGAUCUGCCAUUAAUUCAAAUUGAGCUCUGCUCCAGAGCCAAACUUUCUGAAAGCUCAGGGUGUUAAAUUCCCUGGGCUUUUUCUUUGGGCUCAUCUAUCAGCUUCAGUAGUUGAUUUGGUUCUCUACACUCUUAUGUUUUCUGUGGCCUUCUAUGAAAUUGCUUUAGAGUUCAUUGAUUUGUGCUGAUGGCCAAUUUUCAUCCUGGCAAAAGGUUAAAGAAGAGCUCCUCUAGGUUCUGUACUAGGUCUAGUAUUGUUUAAUAUAAUUAUUAAUGAUAAAGAAAGGGGGAUGAAUAAUGAGGUAGCAAAAGUUGCCAAUUGAAGUAAGGUGUUGAUGUUAGUCAAGAUAAGAGAGAACUGUGAGGAACUUCAAGAGAUCUCAACAAGCUAGGUGAAUGGUUAAGUAGUUUUUCUCCCACCUACUAGGGAGAAAAACCUCUACUUACCCCUAUCCAUCUUAGCUGUUGGAACAUAAUCAUGCGUAGUUUUUAAAAGGCAAUUAUAUGUCUGUCAAUAGAAGACUCUGGUUGUACCUGACUGACGCUUCUGCAGCUAUAGGGACAGUUAUGGAGUCACCUCAUUCUGAAGAGGGCACUGUGCAUGCUACUUGAGCUGUUAAGAGAUGUGAAUGAGAGAGGGCGGGGUAUGAAAAUUGUGCUGAGAUAAAUAUUCAUCAGAUAAAAAUAGUGAGUGGAAGUCCUAUGUAGGAAGCACAUCUAGCAGUGAAGAAAGGGGAAAAAAGCAUUUCCAACCAUUCUUGAGGCACUCUUUUACAUGGGUGUUGGGGGUGUGGCGGCACCCGCUGGCUUGAAGUG